AUGUACUCUUAUAAAAUAAAAAAAAGGUUGGAUGGAAACCUGGUUACUGUAGGAGUUACGUCAUUAUAUCCAGGUGUUUUUAAUCGACACAAGCUGGUUACUGUAGGAGUUACAUCAUUAUAUCCAGGUGUUUUUAAUCGACACAAGCUGGUUACUGUAGGAGUUACAUCAUUAUAUCCAGGUGUUUUUAAUAGACACAAGCUGGUUACUGUAGGAGUUACAUCAUUAUAUCCAGGUGUUUUUAAUCGACACAACCUGGUUACUGUAGGAGUUACGUCAUUAUAUCCAGGUGUUUUUAAUCGACACAACCUGGUUACUGUAGGAGUUACAUCAUUAUAUCCAGGUGUUUUUAAUAGACACAACCUGGUUACUGUAGGAGUUACAUCAUUAUAUCCAGGUGUUUUUAAUCGACACAACCUGGUUACUGUAGGAGUUACGUCAUUAUAUCCAGGUGUUUUUAAUAGACACAAGCUGGUUACUGUAGGAGUUACAUCAUUAUAUCCAGGUGUUUUUAAUCGACACAACCUGGUUACUGUAGGAGUUACAUCAUUAUAUCCAGGUGUUUUUAAUCGACACAACCUGGUUACUGUAGGAGUUACGUCAUUAUAUCCAGGUGUUUUUAAUAGACACAAGCUGGUUACUGUAGGAGUUACAUCAUUAUAUCCAGGUGUUUUUAAUCGACACAAGCUGGUUACUGUAGGAGUUACAUCAUUAUAUCCAGGUGUUUUUAAUCGACACAAGCUGGUUACUGUAGGAGUUACGUCAUUAUAUCCAGGUGUUUUUAAUAGACACAAGCUGGUUACUGUAGGAGUUACAUCAUUAUAUCCAGGUGUUUUUAAUCGACACAAGCUGGUUACUGUAGGAGUUACAUCAUUAUAUCCAGGUGUUUUUAAUAGACACAACCUGGUUACUGUAGUAGGAGUUACGUCAUUAUAUCCAGGUGUUUUUAAUCGACACAAGCUGGUUACUGUAGGAGUUACAUCAUUAUAUCCAGGUGUUUUUAAUAGACACAAGCUGGUUACUGUAGGAGUUACAUCAUUAUAUCCAGGUGUUUUUAAUCGACACAACCUGGUUACUGUCGGAGUUACGUCAUUAUAUCCAGGUGUUUUUAAUCGACACAAGCUGGUUACUGUAGGAGUUACAUCAUUAUAUCCAGGUGUUUUUAAUCGACACAACCUGGUUACUGUAGGAGUUACAUCAUUAUAUCCAGGUGUUUUUAAUCGACACAACCUGGUUACUGUAGGAGUUACGUCAUUAUAUCCAGGUGUUUUUAAUCGACACAACCUGGUUACUGUAGGAGUUACAUCAUUAUAUCCAGGUGUUUUUAAUCGACACAACCUGGUUACUGUAGGAGUUACGUCAUUAUAUCCAGGUGUUUUUAAUCGACACAAGCUGGUUACUGUAGGAGUUACAUCAUUAUAUCCAGGUGUUUUUAAAUCGACACAAGUUACAUGGAAAUGCACCUCGCAGGAAAUUGUAAAAUCUAUUUUCUAUAUAAACUUUCUAAAUGUCGUCAAAAAAUAAAUCAAUCACUGGACAAGUUAAUGGAAACAUAGCUAUUCACACACACACACACACACACACACACACACACACACACACACACACACACACACACACACACACACACACACACACACACACACA